GGAGCCUUCCGCUUCCCCCGCCCCACGACCCCCCCGUGCCGCUGCCCCCCCUCCGGUCCCUCCCUGUCCCUCCCGGUCUCCCCCGAACCACCCCCCCGGUCCCCAUGUCCCGUCCGGGCGCCCCGGGAGGCCCCGGCCCCGACUCCCGGUACCGCGGGGGCCUCCAGCACCCCGCCGGCUCCCGGCAGCCGCACCCCCUGUACCGGACCAGCAGCCAGGCCUACGGGAGCAGAGCCCCCACGGUGCACGAGGUGCCGACCACCUUGCACGUCACCUCACACACGUUUUCGAACGCUCUGGCGCAGUGCGGCAUGUACAGAAAUAACGGGCUCAACACCUACCUGGAGAAGAGCCACGUCACCGGCCCAGACAACUUCAUCACCCCCUAUGACACCCUCAACUUCCAUCCCAGCUACAACGCCAGCAGGCCGUCGCACUGUUAGAGCUGUGGCAGCAGCAGCUACAAUACCAAGCCACUUCAGUUUAGUGCUGGCUGCAUAGGUAAAAAAAUAAACAUCCCCUACAAAAAAUAAGCAGGCAAAGAACAGCACUGACCUUACACUAAAUCUGUUGUCACAGCAGAAACGUAGGCUGUGCGCAGGGAAUUAAGUGGGUAAGCAACCCGGUAUGACAACCACAGUGUUGAGAGAGUCCUAAACUUAAUCUGCUGUUUCGGAGCUGUUGUCUUAAUAAAGAAACACAUGCAGGAAAAUAAUGUUGUUCUGAACGCCCGUGAGUAUACAGGAAUGCUGUGGCUGCUACCUGGUGUCCCAGGCCAUGCUGUUCCGCCACGCAGCUAUUAUUCUUAGAUGGGCUUUGUUGCUCACCCAAUAUUGAUUCUCUGCUAAGAUAAGCAGGGAAGGGACAAUUACUUCUCUCUGAUCACUGGCUUCCAUGGCAUUAGCAUUGUGUCUGCUGCGAGGAAUAUACAGCACUUAAGCAAUGCUGAAAAUUGUAGUUGUUGUCCCCAAGGGCAGUAAAACACUAUAAACUGUCAAAAAAAAUCAUAUGGCACAAUAAGCAGCAACAGAUUAACACGCAUGUUCACACUAUUAAACACAUAAGUUAGAAUUUAAUGAGAUUUUUUUCUCCAGAACAUAGGAAUAAAAGCUUAGUAACAUAAGGCUUGCUAUUACAACAUGACAAAAUAGCUACAAAAUUAACAGGUUAAAGGUAGCAGUACAUUUCUAGAAGUGAUCCCCCCAACUCCAAACUCUUGUAUGUAUUUUUUUAAAUAGGACUCCUAACUAGUUAAGGCCACAAAUUUAGCUGUGGGCGAAAAGAAAGUUAAAUCCAUGUUACCAAAACUGAAUUCAGUAGUUGGGUCGGAAAAACACAUGCAGCAACUUUGGUGCGAGAUGAAAAUCACUAACUUAUGGAAUGAAUUUUACUAGAAAUAAUACCUUGGUUUAUAAAUAUUGAAUGUGAUUUAAUGACAUUUAAAUAGCUCAUGAAACAUUCUAUUUAAUUUAUAGGCAGCAUAUACUUAUAAAUAGUAGAAUGACAUACAUUACAAAAAAUACAUUCCCUUAACCUUUUCUCUCUAACUCUUUAAAUUAAUUCUUUAAUAAACUCUUUAAUCCUUUAAACUCUGGCUUCAUAUAUCAUUAAUAAAUAAGAUUUUUUAAAAAC